UACGGGAUGUCUGCCGCGCCACUACGCCGACCCAAUCGGGAUUUCCGGCUCACAUUGCUUGCAGGAGGAAGUACAACGAUAAAGGUAUUCUGGUUAUAUUUGCAAUCCAAGAUGAUGCCCAGCGGUUUACGAUUAAAAUACCGGGCGCGCCAGCGCAUCCUGCGGGGUGUUCUGUGGAUGGCGGUGAUUGUCGUGCAAGCGUUAGCCGUGGUCAUCGAGUGGAGCGACUAUGGACUGCAGCCGCCGGCCAGCCUGGACGUCUACGCCUGCCGCAGCGGUUUCCUCUGCUUCUUCAUCAAUGCCCAAUCACAGCUCUACACCAGCAUUGCCCUGCUGUGCUUAAUAGCCCUGGCGCUCCACUGCCGCCCCCUCGUCCGCGCUCUCGGCGACCUGAAGAGCGCCGUAACGGCCAUGGACAAAGGUCAACAGUGCGAGCGACAGCUGCGACGCAGCUGGAUUGGCCUGCACCUGCUGGUUAUCGGAUUUCUGACGUACGCCCUGGUGACCUUUCUGCAGUCGACACUGACUGCGCUCCGGCCGAGCCCAAACCAUUCCAACGCGACGAAUUACGCUUUUUUCGCUGUGACGCCGCAGCAGCGACAGGCCAUCCGCAUGACAAUCAGCUUAAGCAGCCUAUCGAUCAUGCAACUGGUCCACUCCGCGCUGACCCUCCUCCUGCUGGGAUUCGGCCAUACGGCCAGCGCCUUCAACCAGCAUGUGCGACGGCGGAUGUCCAGCCAGCAGCGGCGCACACCGCAACAGACCCGUCGCUUGGAGACGCUGGAAGCCGCCAUGGACGCACUCUUCGCCAGCACCAACACGCUGAUUGGCUGGCCGAUUGUGACCCUGUUCAUGGCGUUCUUCGUUGUGGUUAUGGAGGGCGUGGCGCAUCUGGUGGAAUUCGGUAGUUACCUCACCAGCGACACAAUCAGCAGCUUACUGGCCUUUCCGCUCUAUCAUGGCUGCCUCGUUAUUUCCCUUGUGCUGGCAGCGGAGUGGAGCGCGGAGCAGAGAUUCGAAACAGUUAAAACUUGGUAUUGCAUAAUGGGUCAGAAUGGUGAGCACUCUGUCCAGGAAGGCCCCGGCAAUGGACAGGUAACGGCAGCGAGCGGAAGUGAACGUAAUAAUGGAGACUCCCGUACCAUCGGUCAAACUCGCUGGCUAUGCGCAACCUAUACUUUGACCUGCAAAUAUUACUCUGCCGCCAAAUUUUUCGUCUUAAACCGUGCUGUAAUGCUGCAGAUGGCUGCGUACGUGGUCACGAUUGUGUCGUUUUUGUGUGCACGACGUGCACUUCCGGCAGCCGCUCCUGCAGCUUGAGCAGGCCGUUCAUGACCUUUCUCUCUACAUAAUCGUCAUGGAAUUCGUGGCUGACUGCAUUAUAUGCUGGGACACUGCUGUAUGCUUCCUCAACACUCCAUGUUCCUGUUUUUCGCGCAGUUAUCCUUUACAGAAAGCUUGGAUUAACUUCAUCAUACCAUACACAAUAUUCGUAAUUUUCAGUCUACAAACCGGCAAAAUGCAAUGGCAAUAAGCCGGAAAAUGUACAAAAUCCUCUUUUUCUGUGCCCAUAAUUGUGUGGGAAUCUCGUCAGUGCGGUGUCUGCUCUCGGAAUGAUUUUAAUAAA